CGUUCCAUCCCGGCUCUCCUUCGUGAUGAUGCGAGCCCUUUGAUUCUUCCCUCGGAACAGUGCAGAGGAGACAGAUGGUCGGCAUCUUCGCUCUGUUCUCCGCCGGGAGGAUCAGCCACCGCCGGACGAAGAGCGCGGCUGACGUGAGGCAAGUAUUUUUGGCUCCAAACAUGGAGGUCGGAGGUUCCUCUACCGGCACUGACCAUGAAGCUGAUGUAAACGACGAGUUCAAACCGAUCGAGCACCCGACGGAACCGCUCGACCACGAUCAACCCGUGAGAUGCCCGCUGCCCGAUCCUUCGAUACUUGAUGAUGGUGGAACGUGGAAGGGAAGGAUAUCUUCUGCAAGUGCCGGCACAGCUGGCUUGCCCAUGGUGAAGCAAGACACGGAUGUGGAACCUCAAGCUGGUGAAACCACGGCGCAUUCCAUCUCACCUGGACGCGACUCGUCGGCAUCCAUCGGCGUUCCUGAGCAUCGUUUCGUGACCGUGCUUGAAGAAGACUGCAACACGGAUGAAACCCAGAUUGCGCAUGGCUGA